GAACGUUUGCGUUACUUUAAGGUGACGUUAGUGACUGUCUAAUAUUUUAUACUCGCUAUGGAAAAUCAGAUGGAUAGGAAUUUGGAGUUUUAUGCAGAAGAAGUCAGGAAAAGGCAAGAUUUGGAGAAAGAAAAGGAGGGAGAAAAACAAUUCCUUCGUACCUCACUACGUGGGUCUAGUCGUUUGCGAGCUAUUGAACAAUACAGGAGAAUCAUAAGAAGAGAUGAAUCCAAGAAGGCUGAAGUAAAUCAAGCAUUUGAAGAUGAUUCAAAGGUUGAAAGUAACACAGAACUCAUGGAACUUUUGUGCUAUCUACGGACGAAGAUGCCAGUUCUAAGAGAUGAAAAUGAGAAUAAAUUUCAAUCAUCAGACGUCACACUUCCAACAAACGAAACCACUUUGGAUUCCGAAACAGAACAAUGGGAGUGGCUUUUAAACGUUCUAUCCGAUCCAAGUUUAUCAAAAGCAUUUCUUAUGCAUGACAAAGUUGCGAAAGCAUAUGAGACUUGUAAAAGUGUUAUGCAUCCUAAACCGAGAUAUCGUUGGCCUGUUUUAGCUGGAUUGGCAUACGACACGAUGGAAGCUGUUAAAGAACAGUUAUUAACUGCAUUGAAGAAUCCGGGUCAAUUUGAUGCGUUUACUUUAAAUUGUAUUUCCGCAAUACUUAAUUUAUGCUCAUCCCCUUUAUUUCAGAACUUAUUAAUUGCUAUGGAUGGAUUAGCAAAUACAUGGCUUUUUGAUGCUGAUGAAGAUUUUGUUGCAUCUGAAAGUUUUGACAUAUCAGAGGAUAUCGAUAGAAACUCUAUUUCUAGUUCAUAUAUUCAAAAAUCUUCUGUCCCAGGUUGUUACGCUACGCUUGCAUACGAUGAUCAAGGUCGUGACUCCUAUUCGGAACAUGGAGUUAGAUUAAAAUAUGUUAUUCUUCAAAAAACUGGUAAUGAAUUUUUGGGAGCUACAGUUCGUUUGGAAAGAAAUUCAAUUCUAAUUGCUCGGAUUGUUAAUGGGGGUUUAGCUUGUAAGACAAAUCUUCUUCAUGAAGGUGAUGAACUGUUAUCUGUCAAUGGAAUUGAACUAAUGGGGAAAGAUUUGAAUACAGUAUGUGAUAUUAUGGCUUCACUACAUGGGAGAAUUAUUCUUCUUGUUGCACCGGCACUUGAUCCAUAUUCAUCAAUAUCGACUAAAGGAAUUAUACAUCUACGUGCAUUAUUUACUUAUGAACCCACUGACGACCGUUAUAUAGCAUGUAAAGAAUUGGGUUUAGGAUUUACCAAAGGAGACAUUAUACACGUUACAGGCAGGAAAGAUCCAAAUUGGUGGCAAGCUUAUCGGAGUGAUGAAGAACGUGGUUUGUCUGGUGCAAUAGGAACAUUAGCUGGUCUCAUACCUAGUCCAAUUUAUCAACGUAAUCGUGCUAUAUUACGCUUAAAAUAUUGGUUAACUAGUGGAACUGAAGACAUUGAAUUGGAAGAAGAUUCAACAGACUCUGAUUCAACUGGAUCAACUGUUAAUAAAGCAGAAAAGCCUACAAAUAAGUCGAAAGAGAAGAGGUUUUUGGGAAUAAAAUUUCCAACACUUAAAAAUGCACACUUUGGUAGUAGAUCUAUCUCACCAUCAAGUCGAGAUACUAAUCAAACUGAUUCAAAAAGUGAACUGACAUCUGUGAAUACAAGUGAAGGUGAUUUAACGGAUGGAGUUGUAUCUACACCGGAAGAUGAUUCACGUUGUGUAAUGAAUAGUACUGUGUUAAGUUCAGCUUAUGGCGAUCGUAUGUCUGGUUUAACAAAACCUACUGAUCUUUCCUCAGCUAAUGCAAUCAAUGAAUGGUCAGCUGCUGGACCAGUAUGGGGUCAACAUGGUUAUGAUCUUCGAACUCUGCGUGCACGUCGUAAACGAAAUAGACGGAAACUCUCUUCAACAAAUAGAUCGUCUCCAUGUCUAGAAGGUUUAAGAUCCUGGAAAAAAGAUAAAAACCAUGGCGAGUAUUAUCCAUCUCUUGUUCCUGUCCCAGAUAAUGAAUUACAGUCGAGUGAUGAUCCUGUGGCGUGGUUAGAUAAAGAAGUUGCUCGUGGUUAUAUGAUCCAUUAUAGUUUAUGGACUUAUGAACCUGUCGCUCAGUAUAUCCCACAACCACUUCGUAGACGGCCACUUGUGUUUGUUGGGCCAGCACAUGUUGGACGGCAACAAAUUUUACAGCAUCUCAUUCAACGAGAACCUGAUCGAUUUUUUCAAGCGGCUAUUUAUACAACAAAUUCAAAUUUGAAGGCAGAUACGAAAUUUUCUUAUAUUUGUAUUACAGAAGAAGAGUUUCGAUUAAAACGUAAACAAAAGGAAUUCAUUGAAUGGGGAUUAUUUAAUCGUGAUUAUUAUGGAACUAGUAAAUUAACUGUACAACAAUUAGUAAAUGAAGGCAAAAUAUGUUGUAUAUCUUUAAGACCUGAUUCUUUACGUAAAAUACGUUCAAGUGGUCUUGAUCCAUAUGUAAUAUUUAUUUCACCGCCAGAACGAGUAGAUGAUCUACAACGUUUACGUAAAAAUUUAAAUCUAACUGGUAAUUGUUCUAAUGAUGAAUUGAAAGCAUGUAUUGAAACAAGUCGUAAAAUGGAAUUACGUUUUGGUCAUUGGUUUGAUAGAGUAAUUAUUCCUGAAACAUUGGAUUCAACUGUUACAGAAUUAAUUCGUUUAGCUAUUAAACUUGAACGUGAACCAACUUGGGUACCAAGAUAUUGGUUAGAUCUCGAUUAAAUUAUUGCUUGUAUGGUUUUUCUGUAUUACUUUUAAAUCUGGCAUUUCUUCUUUUUGUUUUCUUUUCUAUUUACUGUAUAUUAUCUUAUGAAUAAACUGCUGAAAACUAAAUUGAUUAGUAACGUCGUUGUAUACAGGAAAAACAAAACAAAACAAAACAUAUCAACAGUUUAAUAUUGCUGAUUUUGACAGUGAAAAUGUAUUUUUUUUUGUCUUUUCUUUUUAUGGUGUACUUUUCUAUUUACCGUUUUGUGUAUUAUUGAUUAUUUUUUUUGUAAAUGGAUAGUUACCUUUUACAAGACUUAAUUUUAAUUACUAUUGUGGAUACUAAUUGUUUUAACUUGUUAAUUUAUUAUUAUUAUUGUUACUAUUAUUUUAUAUUAUUAUUUUGAUUCAUUGUUUCUAUUUCGUUCAUAUUUUGUUUUGUACGAAUAUGUAAUUAUUUGAUCAGUUUUUUUUAUACAAAAUAAUGAUGCAG